GCGGAUGACAUGCUUUUGUUUAUUUCUUACUGAUAAGAAGUUGAAAGUAUACUUGAUAAUGAAAAUGAUAAGGAAGGAAGGAAUGAAACAAGUUCAUUGAAGCGACUAUCGUGGCGAUAAAUAGUUCAUAACCAUUAGUGCGAUAACUGCACUAUUGAUUGGUUGUGUCGUGUGCAAGCAUUUUUUAAACCAAUAGAAAUGUCCAAAGUUCUUCUUUUACAAUCACCGCCGCCAAAAUUUGAAGACAUACAGAAAUCAAUUUUCAAUGAAGGAGCUGUGGACUUUUUAUAUCGUUUACACAAAACAUUUGAAAAAUCAAUCGAAAAACUUUUUAAAGAUAGAUUGCGCCGCACGGUGACAACACAAACACUUUCGACUUUGGACUUCAAAAGGUCUCCAGAAAGGAGCGAUAAGUCAUGGACAAUAGCUCCGUUACCUCCCCGGUUACUGAAUCGACAUCUAGAUCUUGGAGAUGUCUCAGCUUCAAACACUGCUCACUUUGUAUCCUCUCUCAAUGAAGAUGUUCAAGGCAUACAAGUUGAUUUUGAUGAUGGUCAUUGUCCUACGUGGAAGAAUCAGCUACAGGCUUACCAAAAUAUAAAACUGGCUGUGAAAGGAAAACUUCUUGGAGCACCUGUCACUAUCACCACCAGUCCCAUUCUUAUGUUGAGACCCAGAGCUUGGAAUAUGAUUGAGCAUAAUAUUUUGAUUGAUGGCAAAGAGGCUAUUGGACCUUUAGUAGACUUUUCAAUAUUGAUGUACCACAACGCAAAGAUUCUUUACGAAGCAAAUAGUGGCCCCUUUUUUUAUCUUUCAAAAUUGGAGGGUGCUUCAGAAGCCCAGCUCUGGAAUGAUAUAUUUAUUUGGGCACAAAAUGAACUCGGUCUGCCUCUGGGUACCAUAAAAGCUUGUGUGCUGAUUGAGAAUAUAAUCUCUAGUUUUGAACUGGAGGAAAUCUUGUUUGCUCUUCGAGAGCACUCCUUGGGCCUCAACUGUGGAAUAUGGGACUACUGUGCAUCUAUAAUAUCCAAGUUUGGGGAUCGUGAAGAAUUCUUGUUGCCAGAUAGGAACAAGUAUGUAAAUAUGGAUCGUCAUUUCCUAAGCAGUUAUUUGAAACUCGUUGUGAGUACAUGCCAUGCUAGAGGAGCUCCCGCCACGGGAGGUAUGGCUGCAGCCAUGCUCAAACCUGGCUCGGACAUCAACGAUAAAGAAUCUAAAGCGAUAAUAACAAAGAUACUGGCUGCAAAACAGAAAGAGAUUGAAAAUGGUGUCGAUGGUUUCAUGGUGUAUGACGCAAGAGUUGUGCCGCAUAUCAAUGAGCUCUGGAAAAAAUCUGGUGCCACUCCAAAUCAGAUAUGCAAGAAAUUCGACGUGAACAUAACGCCCCAAGAUUUGCUUUCCAUACCUCGUGACGGGGUGACGUCAGGGAUCAGACACAAUGUGGCGAUCACCAUACUAUUCAUAUAUUACUGGCUGGCGGGCAUCGGACAUUUCUUCUACAGCGGAAAUGUAGAGGACUCGGCCACUGCUGAAAUUUCCAGAUUUCAAAUCUGGCAAUGGAUACGAUUUGCUCCGCCUCUUGAAGACGACCCCGAAGUGCAUGUAACAGCUCGCCUAAUCGAGAAGAAAGCAGCGAGUUUCGCCACGCAUGCGCACAAGAACCUUUGCCGCUCGAAUGCCGAGCGCAAACGUUUGACAGCCGCUCGUUACAUGAGCAUGGAACUGUUUCUAUGUAGAAACCCGCCCGAAUUCAUCACAACCUAUCUCAAUGACAAUCAUAAAUUCAGAACGUUACACAAUAAAGCUCUUCAGAGUAAUUUGUAAAUAUCUAGUUAAAGGAAAUAACGAUAAAUGUUUAAGAUUUACAUCUAACCUAUUUAUCUGAAUUCGUUACACUAAUGAAGUAUAUUUUUUAUAAAUUGAGAUUUUAAAUUGUACACUGUGAUUGACCUAGAAUAUAAGUGUUAUUUUUACCCGACUGCCAAGAAGGGUUCAAUGUUUGUUAAUAAAUAUACAUACAUGUUUUUGGAGUUUACUAUUGUAUUUAAAUGCAUUAAAUGAGCAAUCAGUCA